GCGGUGUGCGUGUUCCCUCCUGCGAGCAGGCUUUCUGUCGGCUCCGGUGCGAUUUUGCUGCAGGAUGUGCAAUUGUCAGUGUCACGAAAAGUUGCAGGCGGGUAGAACGCAGCCUCUCCUGCGCCUUUGGGGUGGUAAUGGCACACUUUAACUCUGGGACGGAGGAGGGCUCUGGAGGCUUUGGGAAAUUCUGUGUUCCUUGUGGUCUGCGACAGUUUCACGUUAUUUCAGAAGUUACUGAAAUCAUGAAUCCUGUGUAUAGCCCUGGAUCUUCUGGGGUUCCCUAUGCAAAUGCCAAAGGAAUUGGUUAUCCAGCUGGCUUCCCAAUGGGCUAUGCAGCGGCUGCUCCUGCCUAUUCCCCCAACAUGUAUCCUGGAGCAAAUCCUACCUUCCAGACAGGUUACACGCCAGGCACCCCGUACAAAGUGUCCUGUUCACCCACCAGUGGGGCCGUGCCGCCCUACUCGUCAUCCCCCAACCCCUACCAGACUGCUGUGUACCCAGUCCGAAGUGCCUACCCCCAGCAGAACCCAUAUGCACAGCAAGGCACUUACUACACACAGCCUUUGUAUGCAGCACCACCCCACGUAAUCCACCACACCACAGUCGUGCAGCCCAAUGGAAUGCCAGCAACCAUGUACCCUGCUCCGAUCCCGCCGCCCCGGGGGAACGGGGUCACCAUGGGCAUGGUGGCUGGGACCACCAUGGCAAUGUCAGCAGGUACUUUGUUGACAACUCAUUCCCCAACUCCAGUAGCCCCUCAUCCAGUUACUAUGCCCACGUAUCGGGCUCCAGGAACACCAACCUAUAGUUAUGUGCCCCCUCAGUGGUGAUCAUCCUGGCAGUCAGUGUUUAAAGAUGGGAGAUAUGCAAUCAAGAAAUUGAGGUUUAAAAGUUGGUGCUGAAGCCCUCAUGCCUCCAAC